GAUCUGAAGACCGUCUUCCUGUGCGCCAAGAUCAAGCAACUCCGCUCGGCUGUUCUCGCAAACGCUACCGGCAUUCGGCAACUGUCAGAUGCAAUCGACAAGGAACAGCAGGUCGUCCGGGACCUCGUCGGGCGAAUCGAGGUACACAAGAAGCGGCUUCGCCUCGAGGAGGCCAAGAAAGAGUACGAGGAACGCCUGGAGAGGGCCGCGCCGUGGCGAGACCUGACUCCGUGGAGCGUGGAGCUUCCUCGUGCGCCCAUCCGUCGCUCGCCUCGUCCGGUCCGCCGGGAGCUUCCUGAACUGCCCUUGCACGCUGCUGCUCGGGCGGCGAGGGAGAUUCAGCCCAUCUACCCCCAGGUGGCGCCGAAUUUCGCUCCCGGUCCCCUCUUUCCGCCACUGCAGCACUGGUGCCCUCAGGAGGCCUUGGUCCCGGCUCCCGCGCCAGCCCCUGAGACAAUCCCCUUCCAGCAUGCGGUGUUGGCCCCGCCGGCCGAGCCGGAGACGGUCGACAUUGUCAUGGUGGACGCACCAGACUGGGUGGAGGACGAGGACGAGGUGAUGGAUGUCUCCAUGGUGGAUAUCGAGAUGGCCGACGCUCCCUACGAGCCGCUCCUCUGCCAGGGCUCUCCGACUCCGGCGCUCUCUGCUCUGCCUCCUUGCUUCUCUCCUGUGUCGACCGAUCUUGCAGACGCAGCCAUGGAGGUGGAGCAAGAGCCGCCGAGGCUCACCUUCCCGACUCUCCCUGCCGCUGAUGCUGCUGCUUUUGUCCCGCCGCCCACUCCGAAGGACAACGCACAACUCCCGGUUGCAACUUCUGGUUCGCGCCCGUCUAGCUCGCUCGUCCCGCCGACCGAACCCCGCCUGUCCGACGACAAUUGCGCCAUGGUGGAACAGCCUGCCCCCGCACCGGAACCAGAAGCCAGCCUUCCAGCAGCAGCCUUCCAGUUCUCCGCCGCCGCCUUUUCAGCCCCGACGCCAACCUCGACCGAUGAUGGCCCGGCUCCGUUUAUCUUCGGCCUCACGGCCCCGGCGCAUACGCAAUCGACCGCGCCGGCCGCGGAACCGGCCACCAUCAGCUUCAGCUUCGAGGCGCGCGAGCCUCUCGAGACUCGUGGCGCCGCGAAGUCCAAGUCGCGACCCGGGCGGCGCCAGCAGGCUCGAUCCGCGGCCGCGGCCUCGGCCAGAGCUGCACGCCUUGUCGCCGCCCAGUCCGUCGCUCCCCAGUCCUCGCAGGCGCCGGAGGCCGCUACGGCCUCGCCGCAGCAGCCUUCGUCGCCCAGGGACAAGGGGAAGGGCAAAGCCUCCACGCCUCCCCCCGAGGCCGAGCCUACUCGCGUCGCGACUCCCCCUGAAGCACCGUCGGCAUUCGUGGACGAUCUGAUGCCCGGCGAGAUCCUCCGCUCCGUGUGCGAGGACCUGAUCGUGGCGGGCGCGGCCUUCAUGAACGCGUCUCCCGCUGUCCAGUGCGGCAAGCUCUCGCCCUCCUGGGUCAAGCGCUGGCAGCAGAGCGCCCUCGUCCACGUCGGCGAGGAACUCGGCCCCAACAUCGACGAACUGGAGUUUGAGCACGACGAAGCCGCCGCCACUGUGAAGCGGCUUCUCCAUUACAGCUUCCUCCGGUUCCCUGACGGUCCAGACACCGAGGACAAGAACGCCGUCUUUAGGCACAUGAAGGAACUGGCUGCCGAGGAAGGUCUCGAUCUGGGUCGCAUCGAGGUGUGA